AAUACACAGUCAACUCUAGUGGCAUACAAUUAUGCGAGGAUCAUAAUCGGAUAGGCUUACCCACCUUGCACCAAUGUGGCAGUAGCUCAAUGGGUUCCAUAUCUCUCCCAGGAAAAUCAACGGCCCACGAGUUCAGCUUGGAUUCGUGAAGAAUAUCAAAAGCGCAGUCAAUCUUCAUACUUCACAACUUUCUUCAACCGAAACCCACAAGUUAGUGUGGAAUUAGAAGCAAAGGCCAUGGCGUCUCUAGCAACAGUAGCUGCCGCGCAACCAGCCACUAUCAAGGGUUUUAGUGGAAGCUCUCUGAUGGGAACAAAGCUCGCCGUCAUGCCAACUCGACAGAGCUCGAGACCCAGAAGAAAAGUCAGUGCUGGUGCUGUGGUGGCUAAGUAUGGAGACAAGAGUGUGUAUUUUGAUUUGGAGGAUUUGGGGAAUACUACUGGACAGUGGGACUUGUAUGGGUCAGAUGCACCUUCACCAUACAACCCUCUCCAGAGCAAAUUUUUUGAGACAUUUGCAGCUCCAUUCACCAAGAGAGGAUUGUUGCUCAAGUUCUUGAUAUUGGGAGGUGGUUCAGUUCUAACUUACGUCAGUGCCACCGCUCCUGAUGAUGUUCUUCCAAUCAAGAAGGGUCCGCAAGAGAAACCAAAGCUAGGCCCCCGUGGCAAGAUCUAAUUUGGGUUGGAUCCUUAUCAAUCGCCCUUUUCAUUGUAUGUAUUACGUUUUUCCGAUUUUAAGACUUGUAAGUGUGUCUAAUUCUACUUAAAGAAAUCUUCUUCAUUCUUAUCUCUCUUCACUCUUGUGGUUAUAUUAGAUUGAUUUGAUGCA